AUGGCGACAUCGGAACGCGCCGCCCAAACCGAAGUAGACGAGCUUGAGGCCCGCCUCGCCAGCGCCAGGGCUCGUCUCCGCGCCGUGCAAGCGUCGUCGUCGUCGCCGCCCGUCGUCGCCGCCCGGCAAGAGCAGGCGCUGACGCUGCCACCCGCGCCGUCUUGCGCGCCGCCAACCACGCACUUCCUCCUCUUGCUGGCAGACUCGGCCCUGCCCAUCGGCUCCUUUGCCUUCAGCAGCGGCUUGGAGUCCUACCUGGCACACCAUCAGCAGCAGCGCGCCUCCUCGCCCACCAGCUUCGCCUCCUUCCUACCGCUGUCCGUGUCCUCGCUCGCCGCCGCCACGCUGCCCUUUGUCCUCGCCGCCCACCGCGACCCGGCCUGCCUCGCCUCGCUCGACGACCAGCUCGACGCCGCCGUCGUCUGCACCGUCGCCCGCCGCGCCAGCGUCGCCCAGGGCCGCGCGCUGCUGAGCAUAUGGGAGAGGUCCUUUGGCCCUGCCCUCGCUCCCGCCCCCGCCCAUGCGCCCGUCCUGCGCCGCUUCGCAGCCCUGCUCAGGGAGGGCUCGGGCCGCCAGAGCCGAGACGCCGCCGACGACGUGCCGCCCCUCGUGUCGGCGCACCUGGCGCCGCUCUUCGGCGCCGUCUGCGCCGUUGUCGGCCUCGGCUUGCGCCAGGCCGCCUACGUCUUUAUGCUGAGCCAUGUCAAGGCCCUGAUCUCCGCCGCCGUGCGCGCCAGCAUGUUCGGCCCGUUCCAGGCGCAAAAGGUCUUGGCGGGCGACCAGGUCCAGCGCAUGAUUGACGCCGUCGUCAGCAGGGAGUGGGACACGCCCGUCGACGAGGCCGGUCAAAGUGUCCCCGUCAUGGACCUGUGGGUCGGGCGUCAUGAGCUUCUGUACUCGAGAAUUUUCAACAGCUGA